AUGCUCUCCCUGUUCAAGGAGAGGUCAGGAAUUAGCUUCAUGAGGAAACUGAGACAGAAGAUCCCUGAAGAAUGUCCCAAAGUGGUCUCUCAGAUGUCACCAAGACAUCGUGAUUCAAAUGAUUUUGAUCUGUCUGCUAGUGUUAACGAGGAGAGUGACAGCUGUUGCGCAUACCACGAGAUACGGCAUCAACGAAUGGCAAACCCAGACACAAAUAAAAACACAGAAACAGAAAUGGAACAACCAAACAAUCUGUCAAACCAACCAAAUAGCAAUCCACUGGUUCCUGAGCUGUUUCCUGCCAUCGAUGAUUCUCAAUUCGCUACUCGCUGCCCCAACUACAUUUCGAUAACGCCCUCUCGCAGCUACUGA